AUGCGCCGCUCGGUUGCCAGCGAUGUGGACAGCGAAAAAAGCUGCGCCGGAUCGAGUCCACGCGAGUCCAGCGGGGAACUCAUCGCGGACAUUCGACCGUCUGACCUGCUGCCUCGUGACGACAGUCUCGGAGAUGCCGAUGACAAUGCUCAGCUGCAGUACCUCAACGAGGCGAAUCUUGUUGCGAAUCUCCGGUGUCGGUUCAUCCACGCGUUCACACCCGUCCGAAACGAGACGGAGGGCGCCGCCGAAGAGCGUCAGAGGAGAAUUUACACGUACACGGGGACCCUGUUGAUUGCUGUCAACCCCUACCGCUUCUUCAACUUGUAUGAUCGCCGGUGGAUCGGCAGGUUUUCCUGUCCCUGUCCUGCCUCGCCGCGAGAUGCCACGGCCGCCUCUGCGUUCGGUUCUUCGGCCUCAGCCUCCCCCGCCGGAGUCUCAUCUGACACUACUGUCUCCAGAGUCGAAGCCUGUUCGUCCCAGUCCAGUCGGGCAGUGCUCAUUGGGGCCCACGCGGCGCCUGCAGCGAAACCCGAGCUGGAAGCUUCCCGAGCGCUGAGCAGGCGCCUAGUGCCGCACCCCUUUGCCCUCGCUGAGUUCGCCUACUGUCGUCUCGUCAGGGACAAGAAGAGUCAGUCGAUCCUGAUCAGCGGGGAAAGCGGCGCGGGGAAAACCGAAACAUCUAAACACGUGCUGACCUACCUCGCCGCCGUGUCGGAUCAACGCCACGGCGCGGACAGCCAAGGGUUGGAGGCGCGGCUGCUUCAAUCCGGUCCCGUUCUUGAAGCCUUUGGAAAUGCGCACACUGUCCUGAACGUGAACAGCAGUCGGUUCGGCAAGAUGCUCAUGCUCCACUUCACAGAUCGCGGGAAACUGACUCGUGCGUCUGUCUUGACAUAUCUUCUCGCCAACGAACGCGUGGUUCGGAUGCCCGUAGACGAAUUUGGCUUCCACAUUUUCUAUGCGCUCUGCAAUGCGGCUGCGCGGGUGGCUGCGAGCGUGGAGCCGGCGCCGGACGCCGGGGAAGAAGACCCGCGAGAAGAAGGGAUGCAUGCGCUGCUGAGGUCUCUUCACCUCGACGGAGGCGUCGAACGCUUCCGACUGCUAAACACCGGAGCGCCGAGAGCACACGGCGACUCAUGCACAGACGCCCACUCGAGACAAGACGCAGUAACGAGUCCUCUGUCGCCGUGGGCGGAUCUGCGCAGAAUCACCGACGCGAUGCACACUGUCGGGAUCGACGACAAUGUACGCGCCGAUAUCUUCAAGCUGUUGGCUGCAAUUCUUCAUCUCGGUAACGUCACGUUUACGGAGCAGGACGAGCGCUGCAAGAGAAGCAAGCUGUCGGCUGCUGCCUCCGAGGGAGAGAGGCCGAACGCAGAAAGGGAACAGUCGUGCGACCAGAAGGAAGCGUCUCUCGCGACCGGCGUGCGCGUCACCCCGUCCUCCCGUGAAAACAUCAGAGUCGCGGCGAGGCUCCUCGGCCUGCCUUCCGGAGUUGAGGGGGAAGAAAUGCUCCGUCUCGCCCUCGUCUCGCGCUCUGUGCGGGAGACGCGGUCCUUCUUCGAUCUGGAAGGUGCACAGGCGGCGCGAGAUGCUGCAUGCAAGACUCUCUACAGCCGAGCCUUCGACGCCGUCGUCGCGAGAAUCAACGCGGGGCUUCAGCGCUCGGCCUCAAGCUCUCAGGACUCUUCUCCAGGCGCCGCUUCGGGAAACGGAACGCGCACCAUUGGUAUUCUCGACAUUUUCGGCUUCGAGGAUCUGAGAAACCAUAGCAACAACCGCUUGGAGCAGCUGUGCAUCAACUACGCGAACGAACGGCUCCAUUGUUUCCUUCUUCAGCAGUUGAUUCUCAAUGAGCAUGUGCUGUACACGCAAGAAGGGAUUUUCACGGAGAAGAACUGUUCCGCCUUUCCCUUUUCGUUACCUCUGGCGUCUCCCCUUCCCGCCUCUUCGCCCGCUGCGGCCUCUCCUUUCUCUGCCUCGCGUGUCUCUUCGCGCGUAUCCUUUCCAUCUCUCCGCUCCGCUGCAGCCUGCUCAGUCUCGCCCUCUCUUCCUUCUUUUCCUUCUUCUUUUCCUUCUUCUGUGGCUGCCACGCCGCCUCUCCUGGAGGGCCGCCGCCCCGUCAAAGUUUCGGAUCUUUGUGGAGUUCAGGGCGCGCUGAGCAACGGCGAGAAGCUGACUCAGACAAGCAGUGUGCUCUGCACGCUGCUGGCCGGCUCGGCCCUCACUGGGGACUUGCGGUGUCUCCUUCCUGAGGACGAGCGAGGCGAAGCCCCUCAGAAGGCGAAGAAAUUCUCCGUCGCCCCCGUCGCCUCGCUGGUGAAGACGGCGGGCGUUUUUGGAAUCCUCGAAGAAGCAGGCCGACUCCCCGCCAAAGGGGACCGCGACGUCCUGUUCUGCAAUCGGCUCCUGGCAGAGAUGAAGAGCAAAGGCGCUGAGAGCUUCAUUCGCGGCACAAAGACGGCUGCUCAACCUCGAGAAGGAUGCCUGCAGUUCACAGUUUCCCACUUUGCAUGCGACGUGACCUACGACGCGCGAGACUUCUGCCGAUCCAACCGCGACGCGACCUCCGACGAACUGGAGCGCCUCUUCCACGCAUGCACCACGUACACGCGCCUGGCUGCGGUGCAUGCGAAGGCUCCAGGCGGGCACGGGGCUGGCGGGUGUGUGGGCCGGCGAGGCACCGUGAGCGUUCACUUUGCCGCGCAGCUGCAGCAAGUCGUCAAAGCCCUGCAAGAGACACCGUGUCACUUCAUUCGCUGCGUCAAACCGAACCGGCGACAGCAGCCCGGAGUCUUCGAAGAACCAUACGUCCAUACUCAGUUGCGAUGCAGCGGAAUGACCGAUCUUCUCCACGUGAUGGCAGACGGCUUCCCAUGUCGCCUCCCGUACGCGGAUUUGUGGCGUCGUUACGAAGCGCGGCUCCCAAGGGAGUUACGCGAGGCGCUGACUCCCCGAGAUUUCGCCUCUCUCGUCCUUGAAGCUCUGCGCCUUCCUUCAGGCGCCUACCGUUUGGGGUCUUCUCGCGUCUUCUUUCGCCUCGGGUGUCUCGACACCGUCGACGAGUUGCUGCGCAAAAAGGUGUCGAAGCGCUCCCUUCCGUCCGGCGAGGAGUCGCCUGCAACGAGUGCGCGGCCUGUCCCCGACGGAGAAGACCAACUGGCGAACAGUUCCGACGCCCUCUGCGCGCUGGAUGCGUAUUCGCUGGACCUCGUGACGGCGGUACUGACUGCGAACGCCCGGAGGAAACGCCGGCGACUCCUCAGACACGUGCGGAUCGGGGCCCGGUUGCGCCUCUCCUUCGCGAAGAAAAGAGCUUCCCACGUGGCGGUCUGCUGCGCCGUUCGCGUUCUCCGUUCUCUUCACCCUCGCCAGGAAAUUUCGGCCGCCGUCUCUGGGCUCGUCGCGGCGUUCCGGGCGGCAGCUGGCGCCCGCGAGAAGAAGCUGAACGCGAGAGCUGUGGCGGCGACGAGACUUGCGGCCUUCUUCCGCGGCUGCCUCGCGCGCGACACCGCUCGGCGGUUGCGAGAGGAGAAACAUCUCCAAAGGGAAGAAGAGAAGGUCAUGCAAAGGCGCGAGGAAGCCGCCGUCGUCCUGCAGAGCGUCUGGCGAGGCCUCCUGACUCGCAGAACACUGAAGGCGCAGCAUGCCGCCGCAGUGGCGAUCCAGCGUCACUGGUGGGGUUUCCGAAAUCGCCGUGGCAAGCAUUUCUUCUUUCUCCAACUGCACAAACUGCAACGAGCGACUCGCCGCUGGCUGAUUCGAAAGCGAUGGCGAGAGAGGAGAGAGCGAGUAAAGACAGAGGCAGAGCGGCGCGAAGGGAGAGCUUCGCGUGCGCCUUCCGACGCGUAUCGCUCGGCCGAGCUCCUCUUCGAGUCCUCCGGAGUGGCCCCAGCCAGCGAUGAAACUGAGUUUUCUCUGUUCUCUGCAAGAGAGGCACCGCCCGCAGUCGAGCUGUCCCCCGAGGGCCCGGAGCGUGAAGCCUCCGGUGGCCAGGGGCAGAUGCCGCCUUCCCAGGAGUCUCAGAAGCCGCGCGCCUCUUCGCCGUCGCACUCUCUUCCUUCCUCUUCCACGUUGUCUCUCUCGCCUGGCCUCUCGUCGCCCUCGACGUCUCCGGCCUCUUCGGGUGCGUUUUCUGCGUCUUUCCGCUGCUGCGAGCUGGCGAGUAGCCAGAGCGCCGAGGGUCGGAGAACCACGAGUUCGCAAGAGACGAAAGCAAGAAAAGAGAGGAAAGACGAAAGGCAACUUUCCCUCCCCUCGGCUGUGUCGUCCAGAGCCUCAGGACAGGCUACAUCGACUUGGGGUGCGGAAGCACUCGAGAAGCGUCCAAGAGGCCGCGAAGAACUCGACUUUGAGGGCGAGGAGAGAGUCCUCCCAGGACACGCUUCUCCGAGGUCGCCGCGUCUGACGUUCCCGACUUCCUCACUUCGAGGCAGCGCCGGGUGGGAACGGAGCGCUGAGAGGAAGGCCUUUGUAGAAAAACAGGAAGACGCAGCUCUGAGGCCAGCAGCUGGCGCCGAGGCGUCUGGGCUGGCGACAAGAGGGGGAAAAGCCAAAGAAGAAACGCAACAGACGGGGUGCACACGUGCCUCAUCAAAGGCGAGAGCUGCGAAUACAGCGCGGGAUGUGGCCCCGUCGGUUGCUGAGAACCAGGAGAGUCGCAUUCCCAAACCUGGUCAUCGACAGCCAACGCGGAGCGAAGCUGACAUCGUCUCAGAGCGAGGUGCUUUGCUGCGGGCUGCACUGAGCAGUUCGAGUGAGCCUCUUGGCACCUCCGGUCGUCGCCUGCCGUCCUCCUCGGCCGCCGGGAUGCGCCUGCAUGCAGCCAGCUCUCCAGCAGCCUGCGGCGCGUUCGCUGCGUCGGACAGGCUAGAGGGAGAGAGGGAGAGAGACUCCGUCGUGGCGAGAGUGACGCGCGCGCCGAGCGUGUGUCCGUCGGGACGCCGACGUGACGCGGCGCCAUCGCACGCUGCGCGGACGGUGCCCCCACGGCGAGACAACGACCGACAACGGGGAGGAGAGAACGAAAAAGGUGAGGCGCCGCUACCGGGACGCGCCAAGCGGGAGAGGGAGCCGGAAGAGCAGAAAGACCACGCAGACGUGCAGAGCCAGAAAGCCACGCCAGACUCGUGGGGCGAAACGGCGUUUUUGCCUUCCAGUGAGGGCGAAGAAGAAACCGGUGAAGACACGCAAGCUUCCACCGCAAAAGCUGCAGCGGGCGCAGACGGAGAGCCGAGAGGAACAGACAGUCCUUCAGCAGGCUUUUUUGAUACGCCAGAGGCGAAGCAGAUCGAUGGGUCACCUGUCGCACAGGAACCAGCAACUGGAAAGAUUUGUGCGGCGUUCACCGCCGCCAGUGCAGGUGUUGACAGUGGAGCGGGUGAGGCGCGGGCACAGGUGUUUGGCGAUGUUAACGAUUUGUCCUCGGACUCGUUGACCGGUGCCGGGCUGGUUUUUGCCGGGCGAAGGGCUCCACUGGUCUGCGAGACAAAAAUUCCUUCGCCUUCUCUGUUCGUGGCUGCUAUGAAGCAGAAAAGACGGAAGGUAACUGACGUCCCAGCCGCGCAAUGA